UGUCAGGUGGAGGUGGAGGUGUACAGGAAGGACUCUAAGAAGCUGCCGGGCCUCGGUGACCCUGACAUCGACUGGGAGGAGAGCGUGUACCUGAACCUGAUCCUGCAGAAGUUGGACUACGUGGUGACGUGUGCCGUCUGCACGCGCUCAGACGCAGGAGACAUCCACAUCCACAAGAAGAAGUGUCAGGAAGUGUUCGCGUCUCCCAGCAAACACGCCAUGGACAGUAAAGGAGAAGAGUCCAAGAUGAGCUACCCAAACAUCUUCUUCAUGAUCGACAACUUCGAGGAGGUGUUCAGCGAUAUGACGGUUGGCGAGGGCGAGAUGGUUUGUGUGGAGCUGGUGGCGAGCGAUAAGAGCAACACCUUCCAGGGAGUUAUCUUCCAGGGAUCGAUCCGCUACGAGGCGCUGAAGAAAGUCUACGACAACCGGGUGAGCGUCGCGGCUAAAAUGGCUCAGCGGAUGUCUUUCGGCUUCUAUAAAUACAACAACAUGGAGUUUGUGAGGAUGAAGGGUCCGCAGGGCAAAGGUCACGCUGAGAUGGCCGUCAGCAGGGUGCCCACGGGUGACACGUCGCCCUGCGGCACCGAGGAGGACCAGGUGUCACCCAUGCACGAGAGGGUGACGUCGUUCAGCACGCCGCCGACCCCCGAGAGGAACCGGCCGUCCUUCUUCUCGCCGUCGCUGAGGCGUAAAAUGCCCCGAAACCGAAUCGCCGAGAUGAAGAAGUCUCACUCUGCCAACGACAGCGAGGAGUUCUUCAGGGAGGAGGAAGACGAAGAUCUUCACACAGCGACCAACCUGCGCUCUCGCUCUCUGUCGGGAACCGGUCGCUCUCUGGUCGGGUCGUGGCUCAAACUGAACCGGACCGAAGAUUUCUUCCUGUUGUAUUCUCACCUGACCUACGUCACGCUGCCGCUGCACCGCAUCACCGCAGACAUCCUGGAGGUGAGGCAGAAGCCCAUCCUGAUGACAUAGCAGAGCUCACAUCUGUCCUCAUCGUUACCAAGUGCCUCCUGCAUCAGGCCGCUGAGGCGACGGCGCCCCCUGCUGUCCAGCCCGAGAACAACAACCAGAACAUCUGCUUCAGCUGGAGGACGUUCAGAGGGACGACACACAAACCAGCCAUCCGAGAAGUGCCUCUUCUUCUUCUUCUUCUUCUUUUUAAG